UUCCAUUUUCCCUCUAUGGAUCUUCCUGGUAUGAUAGUUCCCUGUCCAUCGUCACAAAUAGCUUACAGAGACAGUGGUAACCGUGGAGAUGUCCAGGGACCAAUGAAGAUGUUUUCGGGGGAACCGUUUGGAGUUGACAACCAUAACUAUGUCUUUGAAGAGUCCAUGUGUGAAACUCCAGAUAUGUCUACUUACUACCAGACUGGGAAUGAAGUGACCCCAAGAAGCACACCACAACCUGGCUACUCAGGUUCUGAUAGCUCAGGGAAGAGACCCUUCCUAGUUGCUGCAGUGUGUCUGGGGCUGCUGUGUGUUCUCCUACUGGCUGGGAUCAUUGGCCUGUCAGUCUCCUUUCAGUUAACAGCGAAAACCUGUACGGAAGGAUGGCAGAGGUUUGGCUGCAGCUGUUACUACAUCUCUACUGAGGUGAACACCUGGGAUUAUGCCAGACAGGACUGUCUGAACAGAGGAGCAGACCUGGUGAUCGUAAACAGCGAAGAUGAACAGGUAUUUCUCACUACAUUUGAUCGAUGGAUCUGGAUUGGUCUGACGGACAGAGGGACACAGGGGACCUGGAAAUGGGUGGACGGCACACCACUCACCAAAGCGUUCUGGUGGUGGUCAGAACCUGAUUCUGCCACUGGAGAGAAGGACUGUGCUAUGAUGUAUGGAGGUGUACAAAAUAUUCCUCUACACGCAUGGAAUUACUUUAGAAGUAAAAGCAGGAAAUGCAUCACCUACUGUAUGCCUCUACUGCCAUUCAUUUCAAUUCGACUGGUUUUGGAUUUCUCCCUGACCAAGAUGGCUGCCAUUUGGCCCCCGUAUGGAACUUUGCAGUACCAUGACAGUACCCAUCUAGUAAUUUCAUAGGAUAUCUAUAUAUACAGUGAAGUAGAAAUCUUAGGUCCUGUUCCACAGCUAAGGCGAGGCGAUGCAACAACCAAUAGUUGCGUGCCACGUCAUCGAAUGUGUCGUCGACUGACAAAUUGUAUGAUGUGGUUAGCUGAUACUUCAAAUACCUUUCCAGGCAUUUUAAGAUCUGUCAAGCGUUAGCAGCAUCUAAGCUUUGGAACGCGUACAUCAUUUUCCCAAGAGAUAUACAUUACACUGCACAUUUCUCAUCACAACUGAAAACGUAUUAACAAUGUUAUAUUUACCAGUAGUAAUAAAAGAGCCUACCUUUAACUUAAUACUGUGGACACAAACCACACAAUCAGCAUUGUCCCAGAGUGGUCUGUUUGCAGGACCAGAUGUAGUAGUCUCUUUAAAUGCCUGUUUAUGUGUUUUGUGAGUCCAAAAUUGUGCCCUAUCACCUAUACAGUGCACUACUUUUGACCAGAGCCCUAUGGGUCCUGGUCAGUGAAAUAGCACCCUAUCCCCUACUUUUGACCAGAAAAGUAGAACAAAUAGUACCAGCAUAACUCCACCAGGGAAGAUAAUAUACCCAACACAGUACUGAAUCAAAUAAAUGACAGAAAUUGGACACAAAAUAACACGCUUGACUGCUUUAAUUUGAUUUAAAAACCACAAACAAAUCUUAGCCCUGUAUCUAGUUUAGACCAAUACUAUUUCUUCAGUCACCCCAUUUACUUCUAAAAUAAAACUAUUGUAUCCAU